AUGGCACACGAUACUGCCUCACCUCUGACCGAGAACCCGAGUGACGAGUUGCCUCGCAAGCGUGUCAAGCGUAACUACGUCGCCUGCCGCCGAUGUCACUCACAAAAAAUCAAGUGCAGCGGGGGCCUACCUUGUGGAAGUUGCAGUCACGCCAAGAAGGCGCAGGAAUGCCGAUAUCCUUCGCGUGAUCGCAAAGUGACAGUUAUGGAGCGCUAUCUCAGGACCUUGGAAACAGAAAAUGCGGCUUUCAAGCAAGCGCAGAGUGCUGGUUCAUCACUUGACCGAACUGUUCGCAAUGCGCCAGAAGCUACGGACGGGACGUUACAAGCGGAUGAUGAGAUGCAAAGUCAGCCUACUGUCACGAUUGUCAGCAAAGGAUCAUCCAGCGAACACGAGCGACAAACAUCAUUUGAGUCAAGUACGGUCUGUACUUCUUUCGGUGACGAGCUGCUUUCUUGUUUCGCCCACGAGGAGAUACGCCCCGAUGGCACGCCAGCACGUGAAUAUGCAAGAGACGAUUGCUUCAAUCGACUCUGUGGCCAAGAAUACCAAUUACCCAAUCGUGUCCAGGCUAAUCUGCUGGUGCGAGUUGCUUCUCGCUACAUCGUCAAUGAUUAUCAUCAAUUUCAGAUGAAGCCUUUCAUGGAAAAGCUUGACCAGCUAUACCGGGACGCUUCAAUCGGCGAAAGAAGCAACGAUCCGGUCUGGAUCUGCAAAUUCUUUGUCGUUCUUGCAUUGGGUGAGCUAUAUACCAACCAAAGUCAAGAUCGGAACAAAGAAACGAAGAACAGUAUUCCAGGCACCAACUACUUCCUGACCGCCAUCGGAUUGCUACAAGAUCUUUACGAAGAACCUAGCGUGCAGCAGAUCGAGAAUCUGCUCUUGUUCUCUUUUUACUCCAACGCCCUCGGACGCACAAAUUCAGCUUAUGUCUACGGUGGCAUCGCUCUUCGAUUGAGUCUGAUCCUGGGACUACAUCGCCGCAAGCAGAUCGAUCAGAUACACGAUGAAGUAGAACUCGAGAAUAGCAGGCGUGUCUGGUGGACAGUCUAUACCUUUGACCGGAUAUACAGCUCACGUCUUGGUCGUCCUGUCACAAUCCACGAUACCGACAUUGAUGUUCCCAUGCCUUCAUCGAACCACCUAGAUCCUAUUAAUCGCAAUAAAUUCGAAGCUCCGGAUCAUCUUUGUGCUAACAUUCGACUUGCUCGCAUCACAGGCCAGAUCCUGAAUGACUUGUGUGGUGCUGCUUCUCAUGAUAAUGGUUCUUUCCUAUCAGAAGUACGGAGAAUUCUUAGGGAUCUGCGCUCGUGGGACAAGGAAUUGCCUGAAAGUCUGAGGUGGAGGUUGGGUGGACCAAGAUCAUUGUCGUCCCUCCAUCUACACUUCAACCUGUGCAUUAUCCAAACCACCCGCCCGGUCCUGAUGCACAUGUUCAAACGAAGAAAUCCUUUCAGGCAACACGCCGUACCAAAUAACGCUACACUAAACGCGAAAUCUCCAGCUUCCCUACUGGACGUCACGAAUCAAGCAGAGAGUGCUCAAGCAUUCCCCCCAACGACACUCGCGCUCGGCGAAGCCUGCGUGCAGGCUGCACGUGCAAGCAAUAACAUAUUGACACAGUGUUUUAUCGACAACUCUCUCGCAGUGUUUGGCUAUUUCGACGCCCAUUAUCUUUUCAGCUCCACCCUGAUUCUUAUCAUGUCCGCGGUGAUGGAGCCAAAUCCCAGAGAUUCAGACGCAGUCCAGACCGCACUGAAUCUACUCAACACCAUGCAGAACUGCGGGAACGUUUCUGCAAAAGCUUACUAUAUUCGCUUGGACUGCAUCAAAACGCGUAUAGCCAAGCUCAAAGGCGACAUCUCUAGAAAGGAUGGUGCUACCGCUACCAGAUCCUUGACCGGUCCAGGCAUGUCCGCUGGGGAAGUUGACCAGAAUGUGAAUAGUCUAAGUCAAGAACCACCGGCAACACUGCUUUCCCACAACAUCUUCUCAGCGCAUAACUCAAGUGAAGAGCUAUGGCUCUCGAAUCCAUUUCCAUAUGACGAAGCGACAGACAAGCACUUGGCCUUGGAUUUCGCAGCCGACCCUCUCGACAAUCCUUUCAUUCGUAAUUUUCUCAGCGAGAUUGAUGGCGGAGACGGUUUUAAUGGCAUGACGUCGACCCUGGGCAACAAUUUCAGUGUCGGAGAGACUUGGGGAGUCGAUCUGGACCACGAUUUGAUACACUUCUGA